CGGAGGCGGGGCCGUACGCGGCGCAGCGCGGCAGAGCCGGCCCGGCGAUACCCUGGACAGCGCCUCGCCGCCGCCGCCGCCAUGGAGAACCUGAAAGCUUUUGACCGGGGAGUAAAUGAGUUUGUGGACUAUAUGUUUGGACCUCGAGAUGCCAGGGUUAGAGGAUGGUUCCUUUUGGAUUCUUACCUUCCCACGUUUUUCCUUACUGGAGCAUACCUACUCUGCAUAUGGCUGGGCAACAAGUUCAUGAAGGACAGGCCUCCCUUCUCUCUCAGGGCUCACCUCAUUAUAUACAACCUUGGGAUUACACUGCUCUCCCUGUACAUGCUCAUAGAGCUCAUCCUUGCCACAUGGGAAGGAGGCUACAACUUGCAGUGCCAGAACCUCCACAGCGCAGGGGAGGCGGACAUGCGGGUAGCCAAGGUGCUGUGGUGGUAUUAUUUUUCCAAAGUAAUUGAAUUCAUGGACACUAUCUUCUUUGUACUGAGAAAGAAAAGGAGCCAGAUCACCUUCCUUCAUGUGUAUCACCAUGCCACGAUGUUUAACAUUUGGUGGUGUGUCCUGAACUGGAUACCCUGUGGGCAAAGUUUCUUUGGACCCACUUUGAAUAGCUUUAUCCAUGUGCUUAUGUAUUCUUAUUACGGACUGUCAGUCAUCCCUUCCAUGCGCAAAUAUCUCUGGUGGAAGAAAUACCUCACUCAGGCACAAUUGAUCCAGUUUCUGCUCACUAUUGUACACACGCUCAGUGCAGCUGUGAAGCCAUGUGGAUUCCCAUUUGGCUGCCUCAUGUUCCAGUCCUCCUACAUGGCCACACUGGUCAUUCUCUUCAUAAACUUCUACAUUAAGACAUAUCGGAAAGCACCUUCAAGAACAGCUAUAGAGGAAACCCCUGACACAAAACAGAUCAAGAAUGGUUUCCAUAAGGACUGCUUUGCUGCUGCCAAUGGAUUCCUGAACAAUAAGAAAGUACAAUAAGUAUAGUAUUUCCUAUGAUUUUUUUUCCAAAAAAAAAAAAAAAAAGAAAAAAGAAGAAAAAAAGACUGAAUUACAAGCUUUAGCUUAAAACCUAUUUGAUUACAUUUAUCAGUUCUUUGUACCAGACACUUAUUAAUGUACUGCUCUUUAGGUUUUAACAAAACGAGUAGAAUUACUUGUCCUGUCAGAGAUCACCAUUGGAAGAAAGACGGCCAAGAUCUUUCUCAUAUGAAAAAGAAAACCUUUCUGAUCUCUAAUGCUGACACAAAAACGCCUUAUAAAACACUUGAUGAAUGAAUGAAUCCAUCAAUGCCUUCAAAAGGUUGGGACUCUGUUCAGACUAAUGUGGUGAGAACUUUCUGUGCAUGUGAGAGGUCUUGAGGCAAGGCUUUGAGUGCACCCAACGAAUGGGAGGGGGAAGAAAGAAAGGGGGGGGGGGGGGGGGGGAAGAAAGAAAGGUGAGAUUCAUACCUUUCCCAUCACCAUACCCGUCUUUGCUUCUUCCCCACUGUUCUCCAAAGCACACUCCCUUCCCACGGACACCAGGAAGGUGCAGCCAUCCCUUUGGUCCUACGGGAACCCUGGGGAAGGGCAUAACCUAGGGCAGAGCCCAGGUGCUCCAUCCCAUAGUUUGCAGACAGACGUGCACCUUGCUUACUUGCUUCACGUACGUGCAACCUGACUCAAACACCAGGAGCUUGCUAGUUCAGGGGGCUGGGCUGGUAGCACCUGGGAGUGCCCAGGAUUAUACUUGGAGUACACAAUAUCACUCACUGAUACGGGAUGUUGAGCUCCAGUCAGAACAAAUCAAGUCACUUGGGAUGUGCUGAAUUAAUAGUUCUGAGUAAACGGAUUUUGAAAGAAAUAGGAGCUCAACAAGUUAAUGAAGAUAAAUCCUUUAAGUGUAAACAUGCGCAAAGUUAAUCCUAUACAAACACUGCUAAUUGGAUGCAAACUGAUGUGCCACAUGUUAACAGACUGGAAGAUGAAGAAAAUCUAAAAAGUGAAUUCAGCAAUGAGCAAAGCACAUCAUACAGGAAUUUCUCUGCUAGGUAGGUCUUAUUCAGACUGGUCUCUUGAGAAACAGGUGGGACUGAGGCACAGCCCUCUGCAGGGAAAGCACGGAGAUGUUUGCUGGCUGCAACUGUGACCGGUGUGUCACUCGCAAUAGCCAGUCACCAUCUGCUCUGCUCCAGUUCACUGCUUUUACCCCCUACUUAAAUGGUUAAAAAUGAAGAAUACCCAGGGUUAGCUUUGGGGAUCUGCCCUCCCCCUUUUCUCAUCUCACCCCUUUCAAAACCUCUGCUAAAAGUGGGCACAGCCCUUUUCCUCUCCCUGUUUCACAGUGCAGUAACUCUGGUCUUUUCCAAUCUCAUGUGUGUAAAUUCUCCCAACAAAAAUACCUUUCAGAGUCACCCCAGCCCCGCAAUCAGAGCCACCUGAGCCCCGCAAGCCCCUUGGACUGAAGUAGUUCUGUAGCAGGACCAUGUCCUCUCCCUCCCAUCACCCCACAGGGUCCCAGGGCAGGAGGGGGACACAGCAGAUGUGGAGCCAGGGCAGAGGGACUGAGCAGCCAUGGAGAGCUCAUGCGGAGAGACAGCAGCACAUCUGAGCAUCCCGGCUGCUAAACAGCAUCAUCACGCACCGGGUAACCAAAAUACCGGCAAUAGUCAAACACUUUCACACCACCACCACAGACAUACACCUAACUGGUGUGUGCUCACAUUUGCUCCCCCUUCAAGAAGCUGGCCACAGUGGAAGUCAGCGUUUUGCUUUAUUUAAUGUUUGAGAAGGAGGGAAGGCAGCAACUAGAAAAAACAAAACACCCAGAGCCACAAAGCCUGGCCCCUGCGUGCAUAUAUUAGUUCUCACCAGCCCUUCCAGAACCUUUGCUUUGUUGGGUUUUCUGGUUGAUUCUGUAAAACUCACAAGUUCUAAGAGAUCAGCAGGUUUGGCUGAAGGUGUUGUACAUGGCCCUAAGCAAAGGGAGAGCUUCAGAGCUCUGCAGAUGUCAGCUUGAUGCUGGAAACCAAGGGAAAGGCCGAGGGAAUCAGAAGAACUGACAAUAUAGCACACAAGGCAACUAGCCGAAUCAUUCAUCUAAGGCAGGCAACAAAAUGGUCGUUGUAACGUUGGCAACAAAAGUGGCCCAGCGUGGAUUUUAGGCCAAGUGGAGUCCAUAACCUUUUGAUGGCAAGGCACGCAUUUGACUAUCAAGGUGGACAGCGUCAGCAUGCGAAGUCUUAGAAGUUUACUAUGACAACCAAACCCACAGAUCUUGUCUUUUGUUUUCUUAAAACCUCAUUCGAAAGAAAGAGAAAUAAAGAAAUGCCUUACUUGAAACUCAAAGGGCUGGGGAAAAAAAAAGAAAAAGAAAAGAAAAAAAAAAAAAAAAAAAAAGGAAAAAACCAAGCUGGUCUCACCUUGCAGAUCCAGACUGGCCAGGAAGGCUGGAACCAGGUAUGUUUUAAAUUCUUCAGAUCUGUCUUAACAUCUUCAAAAUGCUGCAACUUUGAAGAGAGAGAAACACUGACUUUUUAAACUGAUUUUCCUGUAAUACAUAACACUGUAAAUAAACAAAUUUUACUAUCA